UUUGUUGGUUUUUUUUUUUUUUCUUUUUUUGAUCUCAUUUAAUGUUGUGCCUCUGGUAAACCUUUGCCAUGAAGCCUUUGCCCUCCCUGUUUAUUCUGGCCCUGCUCUUGAUGCCUUGGGUGCUGGGGCCAGCUCCUGCUGGGCAGGGUUCUGGGGUGAUGCCAAGGCCCUGCUGUGAUGCUGCUGGUGCUGCUCCAGGGGUAAGGGGAUCCUCUCAGGAAUAUUGGAAGGUUAAGCCAGAGCCAGAAUCUCCUUGGUUAUUGGCCUAUGUGCCUAUAAGAAACUGCCACAGAGUGCUGAAGGACAAAUAUGGGGAGUUUUCUCCUCCAGCAUUCCAUGCUGAUUUCCCUGUAACCUUUUGGUGCAACUGGACAAUCUGGGCAGGCUCCAGGAGGCACAUCAUCAUUUAUAUACAGGGAUUUAUCGCUAAGGAUGCUUGCAACAAAAAUGAGGACAAAAUUCUGUUUGAAGGAGUCUCCUCCCUGGUGGAAAACAGUGUUGUUUAUGCCUGCUGGAAAAAUGAGAUGCAUGUUUUUGCCACCUUUGCCCAGGCUGUCCAUGUUGUGCUGCUGAAGAGGUACUUGCCAAACCAGAGAGAUGCACAAUUUAAAGGGAAGUACUACAUCUUCCAAGACCAGCAAGGUGACUCUUCCUCCAAAGAUGAUGCGAUUUCUGGAACUUCUGUUUCAAAACUGCCAAAGAGAGGUGGUAUUUUUCAGUCUGGUUGGGUUGAAAACCUUAGAGGUACACUGGGCUUUGCAACCACACGUGGCAGCACCACCGUGCUAAGCAGUGAGCCGAUGCAGGGAAGAGGGAUCACUCUGGACACCACGGCUGUGGGACGUCCUACAGAGCUCAUCCUAUGUGAACGUGCAAGGACACAGGCUCUGGAAACAAAAGCUCCUUGUGGGCUGGGAUCUGAGCUGCUGGGGGCUCAAGAAGCUCAAGGCAUAGGAAGACCUGAGGGAAUAAUCCCCACUGCAGCACAGGACAUCUGGGGGCAGAAUCCCUCUGUGAGUGAGGACAGCACGGUGAGUUUUGGUCCUGCGCUCAGUGCGCUUUUGGAAACUCCUUUGCUUGGUGCUUUCCAGCCAGCAGAACCUUUUUUGCAGCCAACUUUGGAAACUCCUUUGCUUGGUGCCUUCCAGCCAGCAGAACCUUUUUUGCAGCCAACAGAUCUCAUGGAUGUUUUCCCACUGAGAAGUUCUAGGGGAGCUGUCAGGAGGAGAACAGUGCCGCAUCCCACAGCACCAGGGCUGGCUGUACCUGCUUUGGCAACAGGGCUGGAGCAUCCUCUCACUCAUGUAUCUGCCCUGGGGACAGAAACCAACCCUGUGCUGGUGACCUCUUCCACAGCACCUGUCCCUACAGACUCUGGCUCUCUGGAUUUAAUCCCUGAAGCACCUCUUCCUCCACAAGUAGAGUCUGUGUCCACGGUGGCCUCUCUGCCAGCUGCUGUGGAUCGGGACCCUGUCAGUCUCGGGCAAAGGGACAUCUCCCCAGCUAGCCCAGGAGGACAGGAGAUGGUCUCCCCUUCACCACCUUGCCAUCCAUCAGUAGCCUCUGAACUGGGCAUAGAUGGGUCCUCCAGAUGCCUUAGCCCUGGGAUGCAAAAGCUGGUGCUGGGACAGGCCGGUGGCCAGGGAGGCCAAACCACAGCCUCUGUGGGCUUGAUGGCCAGGAGUCCCUCCCCCAUCUUUGUCACUGUCCCAGGGCCUGGUGUGAGGCUAACUCAGCCUGAGGCCCAUGUCAGCAGUGGCUCUGGGGUGCCACCAGCUUCCCUGUCUGACACCAGAGAGGAGCACAAGGUGCAUCAGGACAGUACUGCUAGUGACAAACCAGCUUCUGCCUACAACUUCAGGGGAUUUAAAAUGCAGGGAACCCCAGAAGCUCUGCAGGUGGGUGCAGGACAGAGGUCAACUGCCUCCUUCAGCACCAUUCCUGCACACCCUGCAGCUGCAGCUCUGUGGGGAGAAACACUGCCAAGAGACCAAAAGAUUUGGAAGCCCUCUGGUGUACCCAGGAAUACCCAGAUGUCAGAAGGACAGCAAAGGAAACAUGCUGAGCUGGGCUCUCCCUGGGUAACCGAGUACUUUCCCAUCAGGAGCUGCCACCUCAUCUUCCAGAAUGGGUCUGGCAUGUUUUACCUCCCUCUGCAUGCUGACAUUGAACACAACAUCUGGUGCAACUGGACCAUCUGGGCAGGCCCCCAGAAGCACAUUGUCAUCUAUGUCCAGGGGUUCCAGGGGAGCGAUGGCUGUGCCAACAACCAGGACAAGAUCAUUUUCCAGGGGGUCUCGUCAAGUGUGGAAACCAAAGUGGUGUUCGCCUGCCACAACAGAGGCACUCUGAUCUUUGCUGCACAAGCCACUGAGGUCCAGGUGUUGUUUCUGUCAGGGAGUGGUUUCAGAAGCCAUGAAUACAGGUGUUUUAAAGGACAGUAUUAUGUAUUCAGAGACUCUGAAACUGUGGGCUCUUCAAGUGAUACCACAGCAGCUCCUCAGGAGACCUCUAAAAAAGAGAGCUGGAGGACAGUGGUGACCAAAGGCUUACUGCCCAUGCUGACAGUUCCUCCAGGCCCACCAGCUGCACCUGCUGGUGGUAGGAUCCAGCAUGACAUUGUGAGCCCAGAAGUGGCCCAACAUUCUCCUGAUCUCGUGGAAGAUGGUCAGUCUGGUGCUAACCUGAGUGAGCAUGGUCAGGAUGAAACCAGGCUGGAAAGGAACCUUAAGGACGGUGGCAGCAAGGACAGAGAAACUGAAGAUGACCUGAUGGUGGACCCAGCUCCAGCUGGGCAAGACACUGGGGGUAAAGCUGAGCCACCUGCCUUGGAGCUGACCAAGGGGGCCACAGUGCCAGGGACUGCUCUGUUCACCAUGGUCCCAUGUCACCCAGCUGGCUCCUCUUGCUCAGAGAUGCCCAGCAGCAGUGUAGGUGUCUCUGACACAUCUCCUAGCCUGGGUCAGGCCAGUGACAGCGCCUCAGAAGUGGCAGCUGCUGCACAUCACACACAGACACCAGUGAUGGCAGAGCCACCACCAAACACCAACACAAAACCACCUCCCUACCCUUCUCCUGGUGUGACUGCUGCUGAUGUGGUGUCUCUGGGAGGAACGACCCAAGAUCUCUUUGAUCUGAUGUCAUCUGUGAAGAAUGACACAGGACUGCAGCCCCAUCCUGGAGAUGUGCUGUUUGAAGUCACUGUUGAAAUCAAACCCAAGGACUGGAUUCCUCAUGGUGGAAAUGAGUUCCAAAAGGGUCUCCUUGAAUCUCUGACGAAUCACAUCCAGAAGAACCUGAAGUUUUCUGACAAUAGAGUCAGUGAAAUGAAGCUAAAGGAUGUCAAAAGGACGAGUGAUGCCAACCUGCUGCUCACCUUCUGGCUGCACCUGGAGCCGGAGGAGAGGAACGUGUCCCUGCUCCUGCGCUCCCAGCUGGAGCGGCUGCUUGGCACCUCAGUGGGCGUGGAGAAGCUGCAGCUUGUUUCACUGUUUGUUGAAGAUGUGAACGAGUGCCAGGCUGGGCUUGACCUCUGUGGAGAGGAGGCAGAGUGCUUCAACGGUGUGGGCACCUACCUGUGCCGCUGCAGGAAAGGCUACGAGGAUCAUUCUCCCAGCAAGUCCGGCACGCUCUGCAUCCGCGCUCCCCGGCCAGAUGUGAACGAGUGCCAGGCUGGGCUUGACCUCUGUGGAGAGGAGGCAGAGUGCUUCAACGGUGUGGGCACCUACCUGUGCCGCUGCAAGAAAGGCUACGAGGAUCAUUCUCCCACCAAGUCCGGCACGCUCUGCAUCCGCGCUCCCCGGCCAGGGAUCAGCGCCUUCCUGCGGCAGGCGGACACGCUGGCGGGGGCGGCGCUGGCGGCCGGGCUGGCGCUGCUGGCGGCCUCGGCCGCGCUGUGCCUCAGGCUGAAGCUGCGCGCCCGCACCCCCGAGUGGCUCUGGAGCGUCCGUGCCCACCAUGGCCCGGCGUUGCCAGAGCCGCCUCCCCCGCUCUGA